AUGACAAUGUCGGACUCUUUCAAAGCUCAGGCACCGCCUUUUCACAUUGGACGGCAUGAUUCCAAGAGAGUUGUGCCACUGACGGACUUGCAAUAUGGAUACAUGCUUAAUCAAGGUAUCAAUUUUGCUACCACACCAGUCACAAAUGAUCACUUCAGGUCUAGGGUUUUCAAAAUAGUUUCCGACCAUCUGAUAUUGUUGGCGGACAACAACGAAGAGUCGACGAGCACGCUGACAGGGUCACGCGCCGACCCGAUUAUCCCACCUCUGACACCAGACGAUACUGGUUUGUUUCCCUCGCCUACUGUCAACACGUAUACAGCUUAUAUCAGCCCAUGGAUCGACUUGUGCUCAAACAAUCCAUUGAUUGCUAGUAUCUCGCGACAAGUGCUGAACCUCGAGAUCAACUAUGCCAACUUCUGCGGUGUGAGGAGUAUCAUCAUCGCUGGACCAUCUCGCGAUGCCUCCCAAAAUGGUGGAAACCAGGCCUUGGCACAGUACUCUCGUGCUGUGCAGGAGGCCCUUACCAUUGGCAGUGCGCUGACAAUUUUGGUCCACAUGCCAAUGUACCGAGAACCGACAACUGACCAGGAGACUGAGACUCUGUCGUCACUUCAGGAGAAAACACCUGCACCACCGGGAAGCAAGGAGAUUGAUCUUUUCGCGGCGUGGGCUUCUUGGCACCAUGUUCGAUCAAUCUGCAAUUAUAACCUCCGAUUAUUUGUGGCUCUCCAAGUUCCCAGAAUGAUGCCCGAGAAAGACUUGCAAACAAGAUGGUUUGCGGAGCCCCUGCACUAUUUGACCAUCGGUCCAGAAGUCUUCCAAAAGAACAAAAGUGGCUUUCCGUCUCUGUCAAGGCACCACCAGGAAAUGAUCUUUAGCUACAUGAAACUAAAGGCCGCACCCUGGAUUCUGCUGUGCGACGUUGGCCCUGACGCAUCAAAGUUCAAGGCGGAUGAUCCAUCAAUCCUUUCGGUAGCCAACAGGCCAGAAAUGACAGACGACGACUUCCCCAGCCUAGCACACGCUGCUGGCAUGUCGACCAACCAAAACAGCCGCCCAGGUGUCGACGCACACAUGGCAUACUUGCAAUGGCUGGAGUCUCAACAACCUUCUUUGACGGCUCUGGAGUCACCAACUUUGACAAGUUUUCAGGAUUGGUUGCAAUCUCCACUUCAACCGUUAUCAGAUAACUUGGAAUCAGCUACGUACGAAGUAUUCGAAGGAGACCCGGUAAAGUACGACCAGUAUGAAGCAGCUGUCAUUGAAGCACUGUCCGAAUGGAAAGAACUCGACCUGCCUACCUCUAAGGAAGGUGUCGUUGUCAUCGCAGUAGCCGGGUCUGGAAGAGGACCCUUGGUUACGCGCGCCUUGAAGGCGGCAGAGUACACCGGCGUGAAAGUGGAAAUUUGGGCCGUAGAAAAGAAUCCAAACGCCUAUGUUUACCUCUUGCGUCAGAACCACAUGCUCUGGGGCGGAAAAGUCAACGUCGUCAAGACUGAUAUGCGGGCUUGGAAGGGCCCCAUUGUGUCCCAAUCUUCAGGCGGCCCUGUUUACGGCAAAGUUGAUAUUUUGCUUUCCGAACUCCUUGGAUCAUUUGGCGAUAAUGAACUUUCGCCCGAGUGCCUGGAUGGCAUCCAGCACGUUCUUGCUAAACCUCACGGCAUCUCCAUUCCUCAUUCUUACACGGCGCACAUGAGUCCCAUUUCUACGCCCAAAGUAUACGGGGACAUCUUGGCACGGUCCGCUACUGAAGCCACAGCCUUCAACACCCCUUGGGUCGUUAGGCUCUACGCCCUCGACUUCGUCUGCCAAAGGGUCCCUGGACAUGCGCGAUUCCAACAAGCAUGGGAAUUCUCUCACCCUAUUCCGGAGUCGACGCUGACUAACAUUGAUGCCCGGCGCUCCGGUGGCAUUAUGGGUGGCGGCGGCGGUAGCAUGGCCGGGGCAGCGGGUGCAAAUGACCACAACUCUCGAUACUGCCAUGUUACAUUUGUGUGUCGCUCACAGGGCGUCACACACGGCCUGGCAGGAUACUUUGAAUCUACACUGUACGAGUCCAAGCUCGAGAGUCAGAAGGGGGAAAAGGUAGAAAUCAGCACGCACCCCGAGAGGAUUGACCAGAAGAGCAAGGAUAUGAUUUCCUGGUUCCCCAUCUUCUUCCCCCUCAAAGUGAGCUCAUCCCAUCCCUGA